AUGGGAGGUUCAUGGUUUCCCACCGGGAAGGAGGUUCGUGAUGGAUGGAGAUUAGAUAUCGUGUCGCUAUUGGCAGUCAUAGGAGAAUCUGCCAUGGCUGAACACUCUCAAGCCAUGACGUCCUCAUGGAUGUGCAUGCUUCCUCGAAUCAUCCCCGCACCACAAGUCCUCCUCAAAUCCUCCCGUCCUUCUCGAAUGCCACAAGUCAACGCCGCUGUUGUCGGUGUUCAUAAUGGAGUUUACGUACAAUCUCUAAACUUUUUUCCGAAUAUUAUACAUCCAAUAGAAGAGCUCAAGCCUUUUCAGUUCAAAGUUUUCGAAAUCAAGCAUAGGAAUUCCCCGAGGCAGUUAGCGUCUCCAUCUACAUCUACAAACAAAGAUAGACAGGUUUCGGCUUCAAGUAGUAUUGAAACUGCGCAUCUAGAAAGUGGGACGAAAGUUCAACCUCGACGACGGGACACUCUCGCAGCCAGAAUUACUCAUCGCGCAGCUAGCCUAGAUGGUAAGAAACCUCAUGUACCAGCUAAAUUCUGGUCCCCUCUCAACUGCUUAUCUCUUAUAUCAUUUUUCUUGACCAUUGGUCUUUUCAUAUGGGCAGUAUUAACUCAUGACGGAACUGCUUGCGUUGCCCUUUUCACCAUCUCUCUUGCCUCAUCUAUUGUAGGUUACGCAUCAUGCUGGUCACCUGCACUCAUGAAUCGCAAUAACAAUAGCAAAGUUCCACUGGGUGACGUUGUGAUCCGAACCAGGGAAGGCGCCUUUAUCGUAGUCAGAUGUGAUGAGGAGGUUGCCCGGGAAUUGUACAACGGAACUGAAGAAUGUCAAUAUUACGUCGAUACGGACCCGUACCGAGUACUCGUCGGCAUUGGUACCUUCUUACUCAUGGUAUCAGUCGUGCUUCUCGGAAAUUGUGAUUUCCAAAUGCAAAUUUCCAUCGGUGCAUCCUACAUAGUUCUCAAUGGCGCAUUCUGGGGCGUAGCUCUCAUGAACAAGGGGAGAUUCUGGGAUCUGUCGAGUUAUGUAUGGGAAGACGUUACGCCGGGAUCAGCACGGGAAGCACAUUUAGCUCAGGAUGAAAACGAUGUUGAAGGAAAGCCUUCGUUUACACGAACACUAUGGUACGCGAUCCGAGAGACAAAGAAAAUCGGCUGGGUGAAGACUAGUGGAGCGGCACCAAAAACAGUAAAAUGGGAGCAGUGGUUGAGAAAGGCGGAAGCCGAAGCUGUCAAGGGAAACUGGAGCUGGGAUGCCGUUCAUCAGAAGGAUGCAACGGUUGGUGAAUCGGACUCGGUACCACAGGCAGAAGCGGCAUUCAAAGAUACUGCUGCUGAACAUGCUCCUGCGGUACAAGUUCCUAUGCAGGAUAGAGUUGGCACUGAAUGA